AUGUACCUCCUCAAAAUGAACACAUUAAUUUUAGCUUCAAUAAUUUGGAAGACAUAUUUCUGUUUAUUCUUGUAUCCCAUACUUGGUUCUACAACACAGCAAAAUGAAUUACCAACAAUUCGAUGGGGACAGAGCUCAAAGAAGUUAACUUUAGUCAUUUCCAUUUCAUCAGUUGAAGGAGAAAAGGUGGAAUUCACAGAAAGUAAUAUACACCUCACAGCGUCGAAUAAGCAAGGACAGAAUUUCGAACUAAAUUUGGAUUUACUAAGACCGAUAAACCCAAAGAAAUGUUCCUACACUUUAUCGGACGACAGCUUAAAGAUGAAAAUUGAGAAAACGGUCAAGGAACCGUGUUGGAAGCGCUUGAUAAAGGAAAAUAAAAAAGUGAACUUUUUGAUACGAGACAAAAAAUUAGGAGACCCCAAUGAUUGUGAAGAGGCCAAAGAAGUCUGGCUUGGGGAAUACAUGUUUUUUAAAAGAAAACAUAAGUCCAACAAUUCCUUAUCAAAGGUGGCUGAUGAAGAUCCAAAUAAGAAAAAGGACAUUAAUAUAAUUGACAACUUGAAGGAUGCCCAUCCAAAUUUUUCCCUCCACGAAUUUUAG